UCCCCCUCCCCAAUAGGAAAAAGAUUUAAAGGGGCCAUGCUCUCUAAACCCCAAAGGGUUACACAUACAACUCAGAAAAAAAUGAAGUAUUGCAUUUUCCCAUUGUGGCACUUUCAGUCCUAAUGUAGUUCGUGUGUGUGUGUGCGCACACACACAAAGAGUUAUAAAUUAGUCCUAUAAAACUUCAUAUAUCUGAGCUACAAAAUAAAAGUUUGCUCCUUUCAUGUUAGGAAAGACUUCACAAAUUAUCUUUUUCUUAUCUCAUUCCAUGGCGCAUACACAUAUAUAAAUAACUGAAGUAACUAGCAGAUGUCUUUUCUCACAUUUUUUCCCAAAACCACACUGAUAAACAGCAAACAAGGAGUGAGCACAGAGCUGUGCUCAUUUCUAACUAAUCAUUUCCAAAAGUAGUACAAUAAGGAUACACCAAAAUCAUGAAGAGCCACUUAAUAGGAAUUCUUUUGAGCGUCUGGGUUGCUGUCUCACCUGCUUUGUAUUUUCAUUCAGGGGAAAGAGAGGAGAAAUGCAUAAUAGAAGACAUUCCAAGUGAUACCUUGAUUACUGGUAGUUACAAGGUACAGAAAUGGGGCAUACAUGAACACAGGUUUCUUGAAUCUGCUCCUGGUUUGGGAAUGUUUGUGACCGUUACAACUCCUACUAAGGAGCUACUGUUGUCAAAAUUGUAUGGUCCACAAGGAACAUUCUCUUUUACGUCACACUCACCUGGGGAGCAUAAUAUCUGUUUGCAGUCUAACUCCACAAAGCUUAUCUCAUUUGGAGGAAGUAAACUGCGUAUCCACUUCGACAUUAGAGUUGGAGAGCAUUUUCUUGAUGAAGCUAUCGCUCAAGCCAAGGACAAAGUUAAUGAAGUUAACUUUAGACUCGGACAUCUAAUUGAGCAAAUUCAUCACAUAUCCAAAGAACAAAACUAUCACAGAGAACGUGAGGAGUACUUUCGAUUGACAAGUGAAGAAACCAACAGCAAUAUCCUGUGGUGGGCUCUUGCACAAACAUUAAUCCUUAUGUUAGUUGGAGUCUGGCAAAUGAAAUGUCUUAAAGAUUUCUUUAUAGCUAAAAAGCUUGUUUAAGACUGAUAGAAGUGAAUACACUUCUAAAUUUUUCAACAUAUAAUGCAUAAUGUCUACAUUAAUAAAGCACAAAA